AUGUGGUGUAGCUUUGAAGGGGAUGAAUUUGGGUAUUUGAUUGCAGAUAACACACAUGCUUCAGAUUCAUCUGAGAUAUGUGUUAAAUCUUGUCUCCUUAUGGCUGCUGCAAAUGCUGGAGAGAUUAACCAUGCGCAGCCUGGCCCCAUUGACACGUCAGUGUUGACGUUGCAGCCCAACCAUCGAUCAGAAGCCAUUUGGAAUGGGCAGGAUCCAGGGUCCCUUAAAUGUCGUGCCCGUAGUGAAGAGUUCUCGAAUCGAGAGCCAAUGGUGGAUGAUCGAGUGAUUGACAUCAUUAAGGCACUUGGUUUGGAGGGACUUCUCAGGACUCUGGGUAGAGAGAUUGAUCAUGGCCUGAUAACGGCCUUAGUGGAGCGAUGGCGGCCCGAGACUCACACAUUCCACAUGCCGCAUGGUGAGGUCACCAUCACAUUGCAGGAUGUGGAGGUUCUUCUUGGACUUCCUGUUGAUGGUGACGCUAUAACAGGGAGCACACAAAAAAUAUGGGAGACUGUGUGCGAUGAGUACCUUGGCUUUCGACCUGCCAAUGAAGACCAUCUGGAAUGUAGUGGCCAGAGGAUUCUCAUCAAACGGCUUUUGGAGCAAGUUGCCAAUCCACUGCCGCCUAAUGCUGAAGACGAUGAAGUGCAUAGGUACGCACGAUGCUACAUCCUAGCACUAUUGGGGGACACAAUCUUCAUGGACAAAUCCGGUGAUAGGGUGCAUCUAAUGUGGGUGCAGCAGUUGGAAGACCUUCGCAACCCACGAAGGUAUAGUUGGGGAAGUGCUUGCCUUGCAUGGCUGUACCGACAGUUAUGCAGGGCAAGCGAUAAGAGAGCCAGUCAGAUUGGUGGGUGUUUAUUGUUGGUCCAGUAUUGGGCGUGGGCCAGAUUCCCCUUUUUGUGCCCGGCAGUUGAGCGUGGCCCACCAGUGGGUGCUUAUGGUCCUCCAAUGCGUGGUCCACUGUCCCUUAAGUGGGUGUGGGUCCCAAACAAGAAAAAUAGGCCCGCCCAGGUCUUUAGGGACAGGUAUCGGGAGCAAAUAGCUUUAAUGUUGCCAAACCAGGUGGUGUGGCAACCGUAUGAAGAUGAAUACGAGAACCUUCCGCCGUGGUGCGUUGCAGGGAGGGCAGUGUAG